UUUUGGGGGCGAAGGGCAGGGGCUCGAGGGAGGCGGGGGUCAGAGGAGACGGUGACGGCCGCCGGGGAGGGGUGCCGUCCCCGCCCUUCCCCUCGGCUCGCACCCCUGCACAGCCCCCUCCACCUUCGCGGUGCCCCCCCUUGUUGCUAAGGCCCAGGCCGUCAUCCCAGCAACAGCCUCAGUCAUGUGACCGGCAAUGGCGGCGCUGACGGGAGUCCUGGUCAGCUGAGUGUGGAAAUAGAGGGAUUCCUGCCGCUAUUGUGGUCCAUGGGCUUUCAAGGUCACACCGCCUACAAGUAGGGACCAGGGACAGAGAAAGAGCCUGCAUGCCAUUUCUAAGGUCUUCAGGAUCAAAUGUCGUUCGUCCUCUCCAGAAUGGCAGCCUGUGGAGGCACCUGCAAGACCAAAGUCACGGUCUCCAAGCCUGUGUGGGACUUCUUAAGCAAGGAGACACCAGCCCGGCUGGCCCGGCUUCGGGAAGAGCAUCGUGUGUCCAUCCUCAUAGAUGGCGAGACUUCUGACAUCUAUGUUCUCCAGCUUUCCCCACAGGGCCCUUCCCCCGCCCCUCCCAAUGGGCUCUACCUGGCCAGGAAGGCUCUUAAGGGGCUGCUAAAAGAGGCAGAGAAAGAGCUGAAGAAAGCUCAGAGGCAGGGGGAGCUUAUGGGCUGCCUGGCUUUGGGCGGUGGUGGGGAACAUCCUGAGCUGCACCGCCCGGGCCCCCCCCCUCUCCGAGCAGCCCCACUCUUGCCCCCAGGGGCACGGGGGCUUCCUCCUCCUCCUCCUCCUCCCCUGCCCCCUCCUCUUCCUCCUCGCCUUCGGGAGGAAGCAGAAGAGCAGGAGAGUACCUGUCCCAUCUGUCUGGGGGAGAUACAGAACGCCAAGACAUUGGAGAAGUGUCGGCACUCUUUCUGUGAAGGCUGCAUCACCCGGGCCCUGCAGGUGAAAAAGGCCUGCCCCAUGUGUGGCCGCUUCUAUGGGCAGCUGGUAGGCAACCAGCCCCAGAAUGGACGGAUGCUGGUCUCUAAGGAUGCCACACUCCUACUGCCCAGUUAUGAGAAGUAUGGCACCAUCGUCAUCCAGUAUGUCUUCCCGCCCGGUGUCCAGGGGGCUGAACACCCAAACCCAGGAGUUCGGUAUCCUGGCACCACUCGGGUGGCCUACCUCCCGGACUGCCCUGAGGGUAACAAGGUGCUGACCCUGUUCCGAAAGGCGUUUGACCAGCGUCUCACCUUCACUAUUGGCACGUCAAUGACCACAGGGAGACCGAAUGUCAUCACCUGGAACGACAUCCACCACAAGACCAGCUGCACAGGGGGACCCCAGCUGUUUGGGUACCCAGAUCCCACCUACUUGACCCGGGUGCAAGAGGAGCUGAGAGCCAAGGGUAUCACAGAUGAUUGAAGGACAUCCCUUUGCCAAGGCCCCUGCCUUUGUCCUCCACUAGGACCCAACAGAAGCCUCUGUUCUCCUCUCUCCCUCUGCUCCCCCAUACCACACAGUAGGGGACCUGUCUGAACUGGGGAGGAGUUCAGAGAGGGAUGGGGCAAUCCCUUCCUCUGUCCCCACAGGCCAAGUGCUUCAGUGCAGUGUGAGCUGCUCCCCUCUGGCAGAGGCUGUCUCUCAGGCUCUGCUCCCUCUGGUGUACAUACUCCCAGUCUUCCUGCCCCUUCCAUUGCCCUUGGCUUUUUCUGGUCUUUCUGUGCUCCAGUGAGGACCUGGGUGGGGAGGGGAGGGGAGGGGUCUUGAACGCCCACUCCCAUCCCAUACCGUUCCACUGCUGAACUUCGGUGCAGGGGAGGGGGCAUCAGCUGCUGGGAGCCCCCAUGGAGCGGCCCUGUAUGUUCUUCUUAACCAGUUCCCCAUCUACCUUAACCUUGUCCUUUCCUGUGUCUCUGUUUGUCAGUCUGUCUCCUGCUCUUCUCUGCCCCCUAUAAGGAGCCUCCUUACCCUGUUCUGGAACUGCCGCCAAACUGUAGCUUUUAAUUUAAUAAAAAUAAAGUAAAAUAUGCAACUCUA